AUGUCUAAGACACUCGCACAAAACUUUGAUAAUUCCAUUGAAGUUAUAAGGAAAUGUACAAGAAAUACAAUUGACACAUCGUGGGACCCAUGUAUUCAUGAUUUCUCUGGUGAUAAAAUUGAUGACACUAAUAAAACUCCUCCAUUUGAAAGUAUUAUUAUAUCCGACAGUAUGAGCCUAAAUAAAGACGACAAGACAAAUGUUUCUACUCAAACGGGUAAUGGAAUAAAUGAUAGCCUUAUUGAUGUGUGCCUAUCGUUUACCAAAGACUUUGAGCCUCAAGAGUCAAGUUCUAAUGACCAUUCAGCGCGAUCUUUUGUAAGUAAACGUAACCGAAGCAAUUCAAGUGAUACUGACAACAGGGAGAAAAGGCCCUGGAAGAAGACGAAGUGUAUAGAACGCUGUACACCUAAUACAUCUGACAAUGAACCCCGGCCUUCGCACAGUAAUUCCGUGUCAUCUAGCAUUGUAUCAAGUACUUCUGAAACAUCUUUCAAAUCUGUUAAUAGCAGUCCUAGCUUCAAAGUACGCAAAAGAAGGCUGAAGUCUGAAUCAAAUUUGUUUAAAGAUGCACUUCAAAGAUCUAGAAAUUUUAGUCAACACAGUAAACAUUUUCAAUCUGAUAAUAAUACGACAGGGACCCCAAGAAAGGAAAAGAACCAGCGGCGGUCUAAAUCGAAGUCUUGGAAAUUUGUGGAUCUUUGUACGUGGAUCGGAAGAAAGAGUUACCAAUCUAUCACGGGUUUAUAUUCUGACAUAUUGCGUGAACCUAUUGCUCAGAAAAAUUUUCAACAACAUGUAGAAGAAAUCGGUGAACUGAGAAAAUAUCUGGAAGAAGUGGAUACAAAACACGCUCGUCUCGCUAAAGAAAAUGAAGUGCUACAGGAUCAAAUGAAAUUAUUGAUGGUCAAAAUUGGGGAUUUAGAGGAUAAAAUUAGGCGGCAAGAGCGUCAAACAAAGCCUCUGUGUCCACCACCACCACCUCCUCCGCCGCCUCCUCCCCCUCCCCCACCUCCGCCACCUCCUCCUCCAGCCACGAAAUUAGCUAGAUCGCAUACUAUACCAAGAUGUGGAUCUGCGCCACCUAGGAUAACUGGACCGAGGUUGACUAUCACUCCGCAAGACAUAGCAAAUGUGAAAUUAAGGAAAGCCAAGGACAACCCUGUGCGACCUAAGCCGGUAAUUAAAGACAGCCAAUUGCCUUUGGUGACUCAGCAUAUGUUGUUAACAACACGUGCCAAACUGAGUCGAGCAAAACCAAUUGCGGCUUCCACCCCUAAACAACAGUUGUCUGAUCUGGAAAAAUGUCUUCUACAAGAGACGUCGCUGACGUCGCUAUACCGCCGGCGCGUCGCCCGCAAUUCAUUCCGCAGUGCCGAGGAAUUGCGUCCGCGGCCGUACCCCGCCGCACGCUGCCCUCGCUCUCCUCGAUCUCCUCGAUCACCAAGAUCAAACUCACUGCCCCGGAAAACUAUGAGUUCACCAUUAAAGUGAUACAAUAAUUUGUAAAUUUUCAAAUUGAUGAGUACCGUGAGUCCGUUGGGCGAUAUUGAUGGCGGUAUCCUAUUACUGCAAUAUAUGUAUAUCCAGGUAAAAUAAAUAAGUAUUUGAGGGUUUCUUCAAAGAAGACAUUUUCGCGCGCCGGGAUUUUACGCGUAGGUACUUACACUACUAUACCGGGUGCUGAAAGGUUUUACAUUAGGUAUGUUCAACUUCAAGUAAAAUAAAAUAAUUUUAACACUGUUCGGACGCAAUUUUCCACCGAAACUAAUUUCAGCGGGUUAUUUAAAAAUGUAAAAGACGUUAAAAAGAUUACAUGUGAAAAAGCCCCAGAAGAAAAAACUGUUGGAUUCAAUGUUUUUUCUAAUUAAACCACUGUUUGAGAGGAAUUAAUUAGAAUAAAUUAUACUUUUAAUUGUUGUUUUUACUUUAACAUUGUAUUGUUUUAUACAUUUAGUAAAAAUCUUAGAAUAGGCAGCUAUACCUAUGGUAACUAAUAAUUAUACAUAUGUUCAUUUUUAUUUUGAAUUACAUAUAUUAAUUUACAUUUAACUUUGUAAAAUAUGACAAACCAGUUUCACUGCAUGAUGGGUUUGAAUGUUUUCCAAACAAAAAUAUAAAACAACUACAAAAAGAACCAUAAUUUAGUAGGUAACUAAUGCAAGUAGUUCUGAGCAUACCAAUAUAUUAAUAAUGAAGAUAAUACACGUAUGAAAUUUUUUUAUUGAUAACUUAUAUAAUUUCUUCAAUAAUGUUAUUGAAAAUUAUAUAGUUACUUAAAUGUCUAUAAAAUUUUCUUCUGAGCUAUUUUUUAACCGGUGCCCGGCGAGUAACUGGGAACGCAAAAAUUAGGGAGAAUAUAGAAGAAAUGGACUGAUAUGCCUUGUCAUUAUUAUGAUUGAUAUUACGGCAUAUUAAACUAAAUCAACUAAUCUACCUAUAUCAAGUUAAUAAAUAACAUUAAAUUAACAUCAGAGUCCUGAAUACCUAGCAUUGUAUAUUAUUUUAUUUAUAAUAUAGACUAUCAUAAUAAUGUUGUCUUUAAUUACAUAAAGUAAAAAUUUUAAAUUUGAU